CCAUCACCCCUUCUUUCAACCCAAACUUCACAACAAUGGUUAACAAGAACACGAAAUCUCACAUCGCAAAAUCUCACAUCCAAGUAAACCACCAAAAUCCUCCUCCCACCACCAUCGCCGCCUCCUUCUCCGCUGUGGCUGCAUGGCUUCCUCUUUAUAUACUACCACCACCACCACCACCACCACCACCACCAUCUCCCUCUUUCUCCUGUAUUCUGCACUUCUGCCUUACCCUACACUUUCUGGCCGAGUUUUCAAUCACUCUAUAACUCCAAACUUCACAGCUUCUUUUCUUCAAUUCGUAGACCAUUCUGGUGCGUUCUUGGCUUCAAAAAGUGGAUCUUUCCAGGCCCGAAUAACAAAUUCCAAGCAAGAAUCACAAUCCUACUACUUAGUCAUAAUUCAUGUCCUAUCCAACACUAUAGUUUGGUCUGCCAAUCGCAAUACGCCUAUUUCUGAAUCUUCCGAGCUACGUUUUUCGCCCGAUGGGCUAACUCUAUACAAUGAAACGGGCCACUCCAUCUGGUCAACGCCGAGCAAAAAAAGACCCUCUUCUGUUUCAUCUUUGCAACUGCUAGAAUCAGGGAAUUUGAUCAUGGUCGACGGUAUGAAUAAAACUGUGUGGGAAAGUUUCGAUUCCCCGACUGAUGUGAUUGUGAUGGGACAAGAAUUACUCGUCGGAAAAUCACUGGUGUCUUCUGUAAACGAAGAGGAUUUAUCAGAAGGUAGUUAUAGAUUUGUGAUUGGUGAAAAUGAUGCAAUAUUGCAAUGGAAUAGGAUGACAUAUUACAAAUUGUCAAUGGAUACGAAGGCUUUCAGGGACACAAGUCUCGCGGUUGAGUACAUGGUAAUGAAUUUCACUGGAAUGUAUUUGAUGGGCUCAAAUGGUACUGUAGUUGUAAUACGAGUUAUCUUGCAUAAUUCUAAUGCUGUUACUGAUGAUUCCUCUACUUUUCGAAUCCUUAAGCUGGAUCCUAAUGGUGUUUUCAGUAUUGUAAAGAUAGAUGCAACGGAUAGAUCCCAAACUCCAGAAUUCAUGGGUCCAGCUGAUAUAUGCAAAGUUCCAUCUAUAUGCAGAAGUCUUAAUGUUUGUACCAAUGGAGGAAUAUGCCAGUGUGCACCAGGAUUUCACACUGAUCCGAUGAUGAAAAAUGGCGAUUGCGUGCCUGCUGAUAAUUCUUUGGAUCUGCCUGAUUCCUGUGAUGGCUCCUCGUCAUCAAAUGGUACUACAAUAAAGUAUACGAGUAUGAGGGAUAAUUUGGAUUAUUUCUCCAAUGAUUUUAUGGAUCCUAUUUUGCGUAAUGUGACUGUUUCAGUUUGUCAGGAUCUUUGCUCUAGAAAUUGUUCUUGUUUGGGCAUUUUCCACAGUCAGGACUCGGGAUCUUGUUAUGCGAUUCAAAACUAUUUAGGUUCCUUUAUGAUGAAGUCCAAUCCAGCUAGAGAUAAGGAUCGUCUGGGAUACAUUAAAGCAAUAGUGGUCGGAAAUCCAAAUGGUAAUUCGGAGGAUAAGAAAUCCAAUUUCCCUGUUUUGGCAAUGGUUCUGUUACCAUCAUUAGGGGUUUUGUUAAUUGCCAUGGUUCCAACUAUAAUUUGGUUGAGGAGGAGGAGGAGGAGGAGAAAGUGGGCUAGAAAUGUAAAUAAAAAGACAGGCCGUGCCAAUUCUUCAUCCUCUGCAGAGGGAGAGUUUGAAUUUUCUGCGAUUCCUGGUCUACCGGUGAGGUUUAACUACGAUGAGCUCGUGGUGGCAACUGAAGAUUUCAAGACUCGGAUUGGUUCUGGUGGAUUUGGGACAGUGUACAAAGGUACUCUUCAGGAUGGAGCCGAUGUAGCUGUGAAGAAGAUUACUUGCUUGGGAGCUCAAGGGAAGAGGGAAUUUCUAUCUGAGAUUGGCAUAAUUGGAAAAAUUCAUCAUGUCAAUUUGGUUAGAUUAAAAGGCUUUUGUACACAUGGGGGGCAAAAGUUUCUAGUCUUCGAGUACAUGAAUCGAGGCUCGUUGGAUCGUAGUCUUUUUGGCAAUGAUGGACCUGCUUUGGAAUGGCAAGAGAGAUAUGAAAUUGCCCUUGGAACAGCAAGAGGGCUAGCAUAUUUGCAUACUGGAUGUGAACACAAGAUCCUCCAUUGUGAUGUAAAGCCAGAGAACAUUCUUUUACACGACAAAUUACAAGUAAAAAUAUCAGAUUUCGGGCUCUCAAAACUGCUUAGCCCUGAGGAAUCUGGUUUGUUUACAACACUAAGAGGCACACGGGGGUACCUAGCACCUGAGUGGCUGACUAGCUCGGCUAUAUCAGAUAGGACCGACGUGUAUAGUUACGGAAUGGUAUUGCUUGAAAUCUUGAGAGGCAAGAAGAAUUCCUCGGCUCAAACCCGAAGCAAUAACAUUUCAGGAAACAAUAUCAACACCGGUGAUAACCGGUCCUCAUCUUCGUCAGGAGAAUCUGGACAUCGACUAAUAUACUUCCCCCUCUAUGCAUUGGAAAUGCACGAGGAAGGGAGGUAUUCGGAGCUCGUGGAUCCAAGACUUGGUGGAAAGGUGAGAAUGGAGGAAGUGGAGAAACUAGUAAGAGUAGCUCUUUGUUGUGUGCAGGAAGAGCCAUCACUAAGGCCUUCUAUGUCUAAUGUUGUUGGGAUGUUGGAAGGCAUUUUGCCUUUGGGGGAGCCGAGGAUCGAAUCCUUAAACUUCUUGAGGUUUUAUGGGAGGAGAUUCACUGAAGCAUCUAGAUUGGAAGAAAACAAUGAGCAGAAUGAGGUUAUUUUGUACAGACAGCCAUUAGGUAACAGUAGCACCACUGGCUCAUACAAUUCUUUCUCCUAUAUGUCAUCACAUCAACUUUCAGGUCCUAGAUAGUGUUUUUUCUGUGGAUAUGUGUUCAUGUUCAUUCCCUCGAUAUGUAAAAGAAAUUUAUGUAGUCGACAUCAAAUUUAUUGAGAGUUCAUUCACAAGAUUUGUCUA